CCCACCACAGCUGCUAUUCAGCUAGCAACGUAACUACAAACUACGGACGCAAACCAAUUUUCAUUCGAUAUUGUCCAACAUAUUAUCACUAUAAAACAAGCAAUUCAAUAUGCCCACCACAAGACGAUCAACCGGUGGUGCCCGAGCCCGCCAGGGACCGACAAAGGGACAAUCAACUAUAAGCUUUGCCAGCAGCGUUACGAAAGCAAUUCCCAAAGAUAUUAAAAACAACGUUAUAUCCGCCCCCAUCAGGACAAAGGUAGAAGUUACUGAGCCUGUGGUUAAGGAUGUUGUUGAAGAAGAAGAACAAGACGAUGACGAGGAAGAGGACGAAGAGCCAGAGAAGCCCUCCGUGCAGCCUACAGAGGAGAAGUCAAAGGAAGAGCAGCUGGCGGAGGAUAUAACUGAUGCGCAAGUGAACAAAUACUGGAAGUCUAUUGAGAGCGAGCGCAAAGCUCCCAGAGUUCACCAAGAAGGAUUGUCUACAAACGAAAAGCUGCUACGAUACUUUGACGUUAGUUCGCAAUACGGGCCUUGCAUUGGUAUCCCAAGAAAGAAGCGCUGGGAGAGAGCCCACCGCCUUGGGCUCAACCCUCCCCUCGAGGUCCUCGCCGUGCUCCUGAAGGAGACAUCUAAAGGCAAUAAAACCGUACAGGUCACCGAGAUUGACCAAAUUCUGAACUCAUCAGCGGCUGUAGAAGCAUAAUGGUCAUCUUUUGGUAUUGAUUUAGAGGUUUUAGCGUUUGAUACUGUUUGGCGUUUUGCACCUGGGUAUGAUCUCGGACGACGGAGCUACUUUUGCUGGGAUACUCUUCGCUCAUGCGGCACUGGAAAGUGUCAGAGAAAGAUUGCUUGGAGGGUCUUGCUGUAAUUAUUCUUUCUUUCUUUCUUU